AUGAGGCGUCGGCUCAGUUCAACUGCGGCGGUCACCAUAACCGACCCCCUCGUCAAGUACCAGUCCCUAGUCCAAACGGGUGUCUAUCUUCCCGAUCCGGCCCAACACCGAUUGGCUCUCCACCUGCAGAAGCUCUAUAAGAGGCUCAAGGACUAUGUCCCGUCGCCAGAGUACCGUUCCCGUCUUCGGCAGGUGACCAAGGCAGUCGAGGCUUCCACUCGAUCUACCGUCGGCGAUGACCUGGCAGCCCCAGGCCAUCCGCUCCGGAGGAACCCGUUGUUUGCGCGCUUCUUUAAGCCGGAUGGAGAGGCCCAAGCGAGCGCCGAUGCAAAGGCGCUCACCCGUGUGCUGACGAGCCACCAAGCCGCCCUCGAGGCGGACUCGCCGCGCGGCCUGUUCCUCUCGGGCGAGGUGGGCACUGGCAAGUCUAUGCUUCUGGAUCUGUUGGCCGACGGGUUACCCACGCGGCUGAAGCGGCGAUGGCAUUUCAACACAUUCAUGCUGCACGCAUUUUCGCGGCUAGAGCAGUACCGACGGCAGCAGGGCCUGGGCGGGGGUGCCGGUGGCGGCGAUGACGCGAACAAUUAUUCGCUCAUCUGGCUGGCCAAGGAGAUGGUCGAGUCCAGUCCCAUCCUGUUUCUGGACGAAUUCCAACUGCCAGACCGUGCGGCAAGCAAGCUCCUCAGCAACCUCUUUAUUGCCUUCUUCCAGCUUGGAGGGGUUCUGGUGGCGUCGUCCAACCGCGUGCCCGAGGAGCUUGAGCGUGCCUCUGGUAUCACCUUUACGCCGCCUGCCGUCGGUGGUCUGGUCCACAGGCUCUUUGUGAGUAUGGGAGCCACGAAUCCAAAGAGAAGUGGCGAGCUUUUCGGUUCAUCGAGCGACUUUGCUGCAUUUCUCGAGGUUCUCAAAGCCAGGUGUGACUUCUUCCACAUCGAGGGAGCCAAGGACUGGAGGCGGAGGGACGAUGCACCCAAUUUAAGUGAUGCAUUUUCUGCUACGCAGCAUCAUUUACCUACAUUUGCUGGGCUUUCUGACGUCGGAGCGAUAGGCGCUGUUGGUGACACAUCUGCACCACCGUCCUCUACAAACCAAGAGCCUGGAAAUAAUAGUACCUUGCCACGCAAGUACUUCUUAAGCUCUGAAGCAGACGGUGCGAACGAAGUGCUGCUCACUUCUGAAAUGGCUUCGGCAGACUGGCAACCAGCCGAGUUGUCGGUGUACGGUCGGCGCGUUGUGGUGCCCAAGCAACAUGAGGGCGUCGCUCUAUGGACAUUCCAUGAUCUUGUCUCGUCUCUGGGACCAGCCGACUAUAUCACCUUGGCUUCAAACUAUCACACUUUUAUUAUCGACAAUGUACCGGUUCUACCAACAUCCAAGAAAAAUGAAGCACGGAGAUUUAUCACAUUUCUAGACGCACUGUACGAGGCAAGAUGUAAGCUCGUGGUCAGGGCUCAGGCGGGACCUGAUGACAUCUUUUUCCCAGACAUGAGACCAUCAAAAUCUUCGGGUAUUGCCGGUAGCAAUAAGGAUAAUAUCGGGCCGGUGGAGGAUGGAGACGCAACAUACUCCGAAACCGUUGCCGAAGUGUACCAGGACCAACUGGCGCCCUUCCGGCCCAACAUAUCUACUUACGAAUCCGAAGCGCGCACUUCAAAGUACAACCCGGAUCAAGACUCUGAUUUUGGCCUGGAUGAUCCCCACAACCCCAAGACCGGAUUGUUGGCACAUGGCAACAAGCACUCGGUGAACUUUGCAGACGCCGGCGCCUUCACAGGAGAGGAUGAACGUUUCGCCUACCGCCGGGCAGCAAGCCGGCUCUGGGAGCUCUGCAGCGCCAGGUGGCAUGCGCGCGAGGAGCCUGGGUGGUGGCGGCCGCUCCCUGUAGAGGCUAGACACUGGGAGGGAAGGUCCGUGACCAAACCGAUGGGCCCAAGUACUCAUCUGAAUCAUCGAGUCCGCCUCAAGACAGAUGCACAUAUGGGACCAUCCAUUGUAUUGGACGAGCCAGCAGGUCUCGAGCGCUUCAGGCUCGCCGAACUGAGGAAGGGAAGCUCCGAUCCAGGUAACUGA